AUGCCCACCGCCCACGCCUCCAGGAACGAAGGUGUGGAGCUAGCUCUGAGACGUGGCAAUGAGCAAGCCACACAGAUGCUGGUCCAAGCCCCAGGUGACGGGGCCGUUGCUCGGCCCUCGAGAAGAAGAAGCACUUUGGCAGACAUGAUGAAGGAUUUGGAGGAUCUGGAACAGCGACCGCGAUGGCGUGGGCGAGCAAAGGUGGCGCUGGUCUUCUACACCCUAGCUCGUAUCAUUUUUAACCUUCCAUUCACAGAGAGAGAAGUCUGGGAUCCGAUUGAGGAUGGGUAUCAGAAGACUUCAGAGAAACAUGUCAGUUUGCAUGUGGUUUGCGAUGCUAUUUGUCGGCCCCUCGUGACUGGCUUUGGGCUCUACAUGUUUGUGCACAGGCUUGACCGGUUCUCCUGGAGCAACCAGCUGCAGCUUCUCAGCUUCAUUACGAUGUGUUGCCUGGCGCUCCCCCUGUGUGACGAGAGCGUAUAUCACCUGUUGAUUAUGUUGGAGCGGUUUGGCCUGGCGGCGAACCUGUCAAUGCUUUGCUGGGAGGUCCUUUGCAAUGUGCUGCAAGUGCAGAUGACCAUCCUCAAGCUACGAGCUCUCCGCUGGCAUCGGACAGCCCAGUGGUGUGGAGUUCUCACAACACUUGGCAUUUGUUCGCUUGCUGUGAUAAUGCUGAUUCUCAUCCUCCAGAGGUUCUUCUUUUUCAUGGCUGCAUGCGUACUCACUUGUUUCUGCUGCUGCUUCACAGUCUUGGCCAUCCAGUGUUGGGCACUAUGCCAUGCAGCGAGCAGAGCCAUGGUGCAGGCAACAGGUAAUGAUCUCAUGUGGUGGACGGCAUGCCUCCUGUAUGCAAAUGCUUGCCUAGUCCCCCUAGGCCCUGCUUUGAGUUUUGUCGGCCUGUUCGCGUUCCUGCGGCAGUGGGUUUUGCCGCCCACACUUUUGACUCUUGAUGUGACUUUCCAAGUCUUCAAUGUGCUCUUGCUCAGCGGCAUAGUGGGCACCAUGCCGAUGAAUCUGGAGACUUUGCAGAGGCUUGCAGAGCUGUCAGGGUUGGGUUUGGCUUCCGCACGUGUUGCCUUUCCAGGGCACAUCAACCAGAGUGCGGCGGACUGCGUGGUAUCCUUCCCGGGCAAGUACAGUAACCUCUGGGACAAGGCAGUUUCAAGCGUUUCUCAGGAGGACACCUUCUCACUUGCUUGUGUCUUCUUGACAGACACAGCUUCUGGCUUGGGCCGACAUGCAAACUGCCCAGAGACCCCUGGCAAGUGCUGGUGCCGUCAAAUAUAUGGCCCGGUACCCGCCGCUACGUACCUCAGUGUCGUGGAAAUCAGUGCCGACGAGUCCCAAAACCACGACCAGACGCUUGCUUUCAAAAGAGCAGAUGCCCAAGCGAUGGGCCAACGCCUGCUGAUAAAGCAGCAUCAAGGAGACAUAGAGUGGGAGCAAGAGCUUGCAGAGGCUUUGCAAGAUGCCGAAAUCCGCUGCAUCGAGAAUCAAUACAGGGCCCCCUGGGGGUGUCAAUGGUUUGAAGAAUGGAAGCGGAACGUGGACCGGGCGGCCGAGUUGCACCAAACACUCCACGUCUUCUACUUUGAGGACAGCAAGGGCAUGGGCAAAAUGCCUUGGGAGCUGCUCACCAACGAGGGUGCGAGGCAUGAAGCUCGAAAGAAUAGCGGGCUCGGGGCUUCGCAGACUGCGGAGGUAGCGUACCUCGACAAGAUUGGCUUAAGCUAUGUGGAGCACGACAUCAUGGAGUUCGAGGCCUUCCUUGCCUCUCGCAUGUAG